AUGCUGGGAUUCCUUUCCGAUUCGGCUGUCAUUACCUCUAGAGGAGAAUCUAAUUUGAAUUUGGAGGCAGUUCUUAAAGACCUUAAGGAUUUAUCCCAGGUUUAUAUAGAAGAGAAAGACACACAGCAAGAUGAAGAAGAUGAGGUUUACAUGCCUAAUAUUAGUACUCCAGAUUGUUCCGAUGAGUGUCCUAAAAUUAUUUCUAGCAUAAGUGUUGGUAUGGAUUUAACUGUGUCAGUGUUUACUAAUGACGUUCAACUAUCACAACGAGAUUUAAAAUGGAUUUUACCACAUGAAUGCAAAUUAGAAGAAGAAUUUGCACCCGCCACAGUGACAGAUCAACCAGUUCCAAACCAAAUUCUAAGUGCAGAAAAUCCCAGUCAAAGCAUAGAAGAUGAAUCCGAUCUUGAUGAUGAUAUGCCCUUGUCAAAUCUUCAGUAA